AGAAGAAUUUUGAUGCGCGCAAGCUAAUUUUGAAAUAUUUCAUCAUAGAACGCAGCCACAUCGUUCCGUAUCUCUGUUUCCAGGCAACAUAAAAAAUUAACAAAAGAAAAAGCAAGGCAAGGCGCCGUGUGGCAAAAAAUUAUCAUUCUGCAAGUGAAAAAGUUCCUGUUUUGCCGUAAUAAAUCUAUUUUAUUUGUGCCUAAAUGGAGUGCGACAAUGCUAGGAAACCGUUCUACCAGCUUCCAAAUGAAGUAUGGCUCGAGAUUUUCGAAAAAGUGGACACGCCUCAACUGCGCGAUUUGUCGCUCGUUUGCAAACAUUGGAACAGUCUUGUUUUCAAACACAUGUCGCAUCGGUUCGUGCUGAGCUUCGACUUGGAUCAGCGGAAGUAUCCCAGACGAGGGAUUGGUAUGAUACCGGAAAGGAACUACAAACAUCUAUGCCUCAAGUCGUUCAAGCUGGACAGCCCGGCCUAUCUUUUGGAUACUGUUAAACAGCUGGCUGCAAAUUUGGUAUCCCUAAAGCUGGAACUGGUUUCGCUGGAAUGUCAGACGUUGGUGCAAUUGUUGCCGAUGUGCACAAAACUGACAGAACUGCAAAUCAAGGCCAAAUACUUCGAGUGCGACGAAACCCUUUACGAACCUGGGCCGUACCUCAAGGCGGUUCAAUGUUUGAGUUUUGAUAUCGAGAACUACGUCUCGACGUUCAAUCUGUUCAGCUUUGAGAUGGCAUUCCUGCGAAUGUUUCCGAACGUACAGAAGCUAAAAAUGGUCGUAUAUCGUCCGUUAGAUCUUGGACUGCUCGUGUGGAUGGCCCCUCGCCUGCAGAGCCUGAAAGCGACGGUCUAUUGCGAUGCAAUCAACAAUUUUCUGGGCGUGCGAUUGCCAGUUUUGAAGCACCUAGAUCUGACGCUAUUGCAGCCGGAACAACAGUGGCGUAAAAGGAGAACAUUCCAAGCGAAAUCUUUUGGAGAAUUCUUACUUGGUUGCGGUAUGCUGAAGACUGCUUUACUCUCGUUUCGCUGUGAAUACGACCAGCAUCUGUUAACCACCAUAUUCACCAAUCUUCCGUGGGUCGAAAAGUUACAGCUUUCUGGGGGUUUAGCCACCGAACGGUUCUCUUUGAACGGAAUGGAACGUAUGAAAGUUUUAAAGGAUCUCUCACUGCACUGCUUGCUCCUUUUCCAAGAGGAGCGACGUAUCGUGCCGAUGCCGACGGUGGAAAAAUUUUCAGUGUGCUCAUUCAUCAGACCGAACCGAUUCAGCGAUGUUCUGAAACGAUUUCCGAAUCUGAAGACGCUUUCGUUCCGAAUGCACGGCGAUGAGCUACAGUCUAUCCACGAAACGGUACCGCUGUUGGAGGAACUGUCGGUUGAUAUCGGUCGUGUCACGCCCGAAAUGGUAAACCACAUGCAACAGUUGGUUGGACUGAGGAAACUCACUAUCGAUGCACACAUGAUUGCCAGGACAAACUUCCGCUUGUUGCGAGGCGUAAUAGCUCUGCCGGAGUUGAAAUGCCUAACCAUCAAUACCAGAUCAGCCAUUCCUGCGAAUAUUGCCAGUUCAGUAGCCGGAUGCAACAGUGCCUGCAAGCUCGUACUGAACGGAGAAACGGUUACUCCAGCUUUGAGGACUCGUCGAUCUGGCGUGAAGCGGAAACAACCGGUAGCUGCAUCGAGUCCCAAAAUCAAUCCCAACCAAUCAGCGAACCUAAGUGUAUCGUCGUCGAUGGACGAGACCCAACCGUCAGAAAGCAGUGCCAGCACUAGUGGUUGCAGCAGCUUUCCGACUAGCUCUUCGGAUAUUAGCAAUGUAAGUUUCCCUGUGGUAAGUUGUUCAUCGGCCAACGAGAAAGGUUGUGGUGAAGUAGCACAGACGGUGGAAAUAGUAGUAGCUAGUGGCGAUUGCAGUGGCGCUGUAUCGAUCGUUGAAGCUCCAGUUGCCGCUGCUGAAAGUGGUGAAUCGACGGUAAGCCUGCAGUCUAGCACCGACCGAAGCUGUUGAUCCACAUUCAAGUAAAUUGUGCUCCUGUGGCAGUGGCUCGGCAAUAAGUUUCUUUUUUGUGUAGAGCUGGUACAUUUAGAGAUGUGUGAUUGAUGUUCAGAAGAUUAUUUAUGUUUUUAUUUUGUAAUGUUGUCUAUCAUUGUGAUCUUUAUAAAUUUUUCAAUUGUAUAUUUCAUCGAUAAAAUUUGCUAAAUUAUAAUUAUGAUCUUAUGGGAAAAA